AUGGCUUGGUCUGCAGAGAACGCCACUAAAGCCUUUCUUCGAACCCUCAAAUUGGGGAAGAACAAGGUAGCGGCGCCCGACGUGGCGGAAUUCGUGUCGGCGUUGGCCGCCGGUGGCGGCGCCCGUCUGCUGGUCGACGUGCCUGCGGGCCCGGCCGGGCCCACGACGCUCGCGCUGCUCACGGCGGCCCAGCAGACAGGCGGCCGUGCGGCCUGCAUCGUCCGUGGGCCCGAGGAGCUACGGGCCUCGAUUGAGUUCCUCGGCCCAGAACUUACCGCCCCAGUCAACCUCGUCGUCGGCGACGCCGCCCGCCUCCUCCCCGCAGGCGCAGACUUUGUGCUCGUAGACUGCCGCCUCGAGAACCACGCGCGCGUCUUCGGGGCGGCGCAGGCGGGCGCAGCCGAGGCCGGCGGCGGCCUCGUGGUGGUCCGCAACGCCGCACUAUGCGACCUGCCCGCCGUCGAGGGCAGCGGCGGGGGGCUGAGAGUGGAUCUGCUGCCGAUAGGCGGCGGGCUGAGGGUGUGCAGGGUGCUGACGGCGGCGAGGCGGAUCCAGUGGGUGGUGCGGGUGGACGAGUGCACCGGCGAGGAGCACGUGUUCAGGAUCACGUCGCCUCGGAAGAAAUGGAUCGAAGCUUCUUAAUCCACUGCUAAUUUAUGGGUUAAUAUAUCGCAGUAUUGCUGAUCAAUCCAUCUCUGCUUUAAUCUAAUUAAAAUUGUUGGAUGACGGAAUAAUUAUGCAAAAUAAUAGGAUAAUUAAAUCGGGAUGACUAGUCCACCCACAUGUUUAAAAUAAACUAGAAAUAAGAAGGAAAGGUAGUUCUUCCAUGGAAUUACAAUGCCAUAUCUGAAUCAUCACCAAUUGUAGUAACGGGGCAAACUGAUCGGCCAGAUGAAUAAACCAAAAAUAAAACACAAAUUGAG